AUGUUGGGGGGGGUGGGUGUUAUUGGGGGGGUUUUGAGGGAGUGGGUGGUGGGUGUGUGGGGUUUGGUUUGUGGGUGGUGGGUGGGGGUUUGGAUUGGGGGGGGGGGGGGGGGGGGGGGGGGUUGGGGGGGGGGGGAAUUUUUUGGUUAUGAGGGGGUUGAGGAGUAUAUGUUGGAAUUUUAUUGGGGGGGGGAAUGUUAUGGUGGGGGGUUGGAUUUUGGGUAUGGGGGGUGGGGUAGUGGGGGUGGUGGUGGGGGGGGGGGGGGGUUGGGGGAGAGGGGUGGGGAUAUAGGGGGUGGGAUAGUGGGGUGUUUUGUUUGGGUGGGUAGGGGGGGGAUAAUUGGUUUAUAUAUUAUAGAUGGGGGGGGGUUGGUGGGGGGAGUUUUGAUUGUUGGGUGGGGGGGGGUGGAGGGAUUGUGGAUUGGGGGGUGGGUUGGGGGGAAGGUAGAGGGGGGAUGGAGAGAGGGGGAGAGGGGGAGGGAAGGAGUGGUUGAAGAGGGGGGAGAGGUGGGGAGAAAAGGAGGGGGGAUGGGGAGGGAGGUGUGGUUUUGGUUUGGGUAUGGAAGGGAGGGGGGGGGGGGGAGGGAGGAGGGGUGGGGGUAUUAA